AUGACAAACCAGCCGAGUGCUGGGGCCCCCGCGAAUCCUCAGUCAGAGGAGAGGGCGCGAGCCCUUCGGGCGUACGUAGCCAAAGUCAAAGAACACAGAGAAUGGGCAGCCAGAGUCAAGAAACUGAGAGAAGAAACAAAACUGCAGUCAAAGAAAUACGAAAAAACAGAAGAUGACCUAAAGGCGCUUCAGGGAGUCGGCCAGCUAAUUGGGGAGGUGCUGCGGCAGCUGGACUCAGAGAAAUUUAUCGUAAAGACCUCCAGUGGGCCCCGCUACGUUGUCGGCAGCAAACCCAAACUAAACAAAUCGCUUCUCACAGCAGGAACGCGAGUGGCGCUGGAUAUGACGACGCUGACGGUGAUGCGGCGUUUACAGCGGGAAGUGGAUCCUUUGGUGUUUAAUAUGCUGCACGAAGACCCCGGAAAUGUUCAUUAUUCAGAGGUGGGGGGAUUAAGCGAACAAAUUCGACAAAUGAGAGAAGUGGUGGAGUUGCCGCUAACAAAUCCGGAGCUUUUUAAACGCGUAGGAAUAAAAACACCAAAAGGAGUUCUUCUUUACGGGCCCCCCGGGACAGGCAAAACGCUCUUAGCAAGGGCUAUGGCGUCGAACAUGAGCUGCAACUUCAUGAAAGUUGUGGCAUCAGCAAUUGUGGAUAAAUAUAUCGGCGAAAGUGCGCGGGUUAUUCGUGAAAUGUUCGGAUAUGCAAAGGAUCAUCAGCCCUGCAUCAUCUUUAUGGACGAAAUCGACGCCAUCGGAGGCCGCAGAUUUUCACAAGGGACUUCAGCAGAUCGUGAAAUUCAAAGAACGCUCAUGGAGCUGCUGAAUCAGCUGGAUGGAUUUGAUGAAUUGGGGCAGGUGAAAAUCAUCAUGGCUACAAACAGACCCGACGUUCUAGACCCCGCACUCAUGAGGCCGGGGCGCCUUGACCGAAAGAUUGAAAUCCCAAUGCCUAACGAAAGCGCACGCAUUGACAUUUUAAAAAUUCAUUCGAGCAAAAUAGCAAAGACAGGCGACAUCGACUUCGAAGCGAUUUGCCGGCUGUGCGACGGCUUUAAUGGCGCCGACUUGAGGAAUGUCUGCACGGAGGCCGGCAUGUUCGCAAUCCGCGCCGACCGAGAUUACGUCAUUGAAGAGGACUUCUUUAAAGCCGCACGAAAAAUCGCAGAAAACAAAAAACUUGAAAGCAAACUCGACUAUGAGAACAUCUAA